AUGCGCUUUGCUAUCAUUGUCCAUGGCGGGGCGGGCAGCCAUUCAGAGAAGACUGAAAGCCGUGUCAAAGCAGCUAUGAAGAAAGCGUGUCUGAGUGCUACCCACGUACUUGUAGAACGUGCAGGAUCAGCUCUCGAUGCAGUUGAAGCGGCUAUUCGCGAGCUCGAAGAUGAUAGUGCGCUCAAUGCAGGCUAUGGGUCAAACUUGACAAUUGACGGUACCGUAGAGUGCGAUGCUGCACUCAUGGACAGUGAUGGAGUAUUUGGAAGCGUGGGGGCGAUAUCAGGUCGUACAAAUAGAUAUGGUAGUCAGGAGGCGGUUGACGACAUUUCAGGUAUAAAAAAUCCCAUCACAGCGGCGCGUGUUAUCCUCGAACAAGGUCGUCCAUCUGUUCCACAGCCUCUCGGACGUGUUCCACCGAUGACACUGGCCGGUGAGGGAGCCCGGCGGUACGUUUUGGAGAGGCAACCUUCGACGCUUUCAUGGGCACCAGUUCUCGUACCUGAAAUUGAGAUGAUUAGUGAAGAGGCAAAGGAAGAAAGGGAAUAUUGGAUGAAGCAAUACCAAUUGGCUUGUAGCAAUCAAGGAGCAGCGCCCAUGGGAGAUACUGUUGGAGCAGUAGUUGUCCUUGACAGGAGUAUCGCGGUGGGAGUUUCAAGCGGGGGCUUAUUGCUCAAGCAUUCAGGGAGAAUAGGAGAGGCUGCUGUCUACGGGGCUGGGUGCUGGGCUAGUGUGGUGGAAGCGGAGAACAGUGGCUACGCUGUGGCGUGCAGCGUGUCAGGGACUGGAGAACAAAUCAUCCGAGGAGGACUUGCCCGUGAAUUAUGCAAGGCUUGCAAUGAAGACUGUGAAGACCCCGAGGGAGCUUUGACCCGUGUGUUUGAAGAUAGGAUAUCGGAGGAGCAGAAGCGAGAUGCCGGGACCAAUCUACAAGCAGGUGCUAUUCUCCUUCUUUCGAACAAGCUAGAUGAAAACGCCGUUGUGCGGCUUCUCGUCGCAUUUACAACUCCGACCAUGGCAGUUGCAAGUUUGUCAUCUGAUGAGCCGAAACCAAAGGUUUCGAUCCACCGGCAAAGCUCAAAUCUCCCAAAUCCCGACCCAAACCGCAAACUUCGCGGUGUCCUGCCAGCUCGGCGGUCACUCUACACACCUACGAGCGCCGGAACAUGGAAAUGUCUGAACGGUAAUAAGGAAAUAUCAUGGGACAAAGUCAACGACGACUUUUGUGAUUGUCCUGAUGGCAGUGACGAGCCAGGUACAAGUGCGUGUCCAAACUCGACGUUCUAUUGCGUCAACGAAGGACACGAGGGUGCGACCAUCUCCAGCACACGGGUUGACGACGGCCUUUGCGAAAAGGAAUGCUGUGAUGGUUCAGAUGAACCCGAGGGUGUGUGUCCAAAUGUUUGCGAGGAAGUUGGGAAGGAGUAUAGACAACGACGAGAGGCUGAAGCCAAACUACGCAAAACGGGCUCAAAGAUUCGCUCGACUUAUGUCAUCUUUGCCGAGAAGGAGAAGAAGCGACUACAGUCGUCCAUUGCGGCUCUCAAGCUGGAGGUAGAAGCCAAGAAGAAGGAAGAGGCUCAUGCAAAGAUUCUGCUCGACCAUGCCGAGUCCAUGUCCCAAGCUUCCCUCGCGUACAAGCAGCAAUCCCCUCUUUAUCAAUCACUCGUCAAGCAUUCCGAGGCCCUCAAGUCCCUCCAGGCCCGAUAUCAAGCUCUCCAAAACCGCGAGCGCGCAUUAUCCGACGUGCUCAGGAACCUCAAAGAAGGUUACAACCCGAACUAUCAGGAUAUGGCCGUUCUUGAAGCCGUCCGAGGCUGGGAUGGCUUGAAUCCCGAUGCGUCUCCAGUCGAGGAAACUACAGAGUCUUCAGAGCCUGUUGCAGAGAAAGAAGAAACCGUCGAUCCAUGGGAUGAUAACGCAAUCUCAACACUUCUGCGAGAGGAUCAUGUAUCCUUGCUGCUGCAGCACGACUCGCAUAUUUCUCAGGAGGACUCUACGGAAGAAGAAGACUCGGUGUUUGACUUGGAGUCUUAUGUCCCCGACUCGCUCUACCCAGCCUAUGAAAACGCACGCACGCAAGUGGUUGGCUUGCUUACGAAACUCGGAGUUGUUCGCGAAUCCAGUGUGUCGUCCGAAGCGACGGCGAAAGCACGCGAACGACACAACACAGCGAUAAAUCAGCUCAGAAACACCGAGUCAAAACUCUAUAAUGAAGAACAGGCCCUCAACAAACUUUAUGAUCCAAAGUGGUAUGGAGCAGAUGGCGCAUGGAAGAAAUUGGAGGGAACCUGUUUGUCAUACAAUACCGGCGAGUAUACCUAUGAGGUCUGCCUAUUCGGUCAGGCGACGCAGAAAUCCAAUAAUGGUGGUGGUAGCCACAGCCUAGGACACUUCUCAUCGUGGAAUACCUCUGCUCCCGAAGGAACUCCAGAGUACUAUUCACGACAAGUGUACAAGCACGGCGCAAAAUGCUGGAACGGUCCCGAACGAAGUAUCACGGUGGACUUGGUGUGCGGAACGGAGAAUGUUCUCCUGUCUGUAUCUGAGCCUGAAAAGUGCGAGUAUCGUGUCACCGGCACAACUCCUGCGCUCUGUUUUGCCGACACUGCUGACAAGCCGGCUGGAUCGUCGGGCGCAAAGGAGGAACUAUAA